AUGUCGGACUAUUGGAAGACCGACGAACUAUUUAAUUUGAACUGUUUUCGAGAAAAAAUGAGUCGAAAUAGGUACAUGUCGAUUAUGCGAUCUUUACAUUUUUGUAAAAAUCCCAAAGCUGGUGAAAAGGCACCCAGUCGCAUAAAUAAGGUUAAACAAGUUUUGGACUAUUUCAAUAAACGAAUGCAAGAUGUAAAUCAGCCUUCUAAAAAUUUGUCAUUACAUGAAUCGAUGGUACUUUGGCGGGGCCGUCUAAUAUUUCGACAAUAUAUAAAAAAUAAACGCCAUAAAUAUGGCGUCAAGUUGUACAUGUUAACUGAACAUCAAGGAUUUGUACAAUAA